UAGGAGACGGGUUUCCCAAAACCCUAUCUGAAGUCUAAACCCCAGUUACAGCCCUUUCACUCCCUGUCACAGAAAUGUCAGCUUCCGGAGUUUUUGUUCGUUUCGGAGCUUCAAUUUUCCGGCGACGCCUCCACCGCGGCUCCCUACACAUCGCAUCUUCUCUCCGUCCAAUCAUCUUCGCCAACCCGAUCGUACGGUUCCACCGUCACUGCUCCUCCGCGUCUGCGGCAGAGUGCGUCCUCACGUCUACCGUAGAUAGUUGUGAAAAUCAAGCCAGUGUAGGCCGGCAUCCUUGGCCGGAAUGGGUCAGUUUCGUCGAUUGUUUGAAUGCAAAAGGUUACUUGGCCAAAAGCUCCGGGACUUCUUCUCCAGGUGUUGCCGGGAGAGAAGAAAAUGGUGAUGAGUCUGUGUAUAAGGAUAUGCAUGCAUUGAAGAGUGCUUGUCUAAGUUUCGGCCGCGAACGUUUCGACAUGUUGAAAAUGUUGCCCACUCGAGAUAUUCAAGCAGUUGUUGAAAAGGGAUGUCCUAAUUUAUUUCGGAAGGCUGUUUAUUCUGGGAAAAGGUUGAGAGAGUAUCUACAACUCAAGGAAGAACAUGCAUGUGGUGCAUGCAAUUUACGGGGCUCAUGUGAUAGAGCUAAUGUGAUAUUAAAAGAGUCUGAUGGAGUUGCACGCACAGUAGAUAUUGUACGUCUCCUAUUUUUGUAUGCAAUGGAUCCACUUGUUACUUCAGGGGGAGAGAAGCCUCCUGGAAGAGAACUCAUUGAAUCAUCCGUAAGAAAGUUGCUGUUGGAGUUGAUUGAGCUAAGUGAGACGCCAAUAGAUCCUGAACUAACAAAGCCUACUCCUGCAACUUUUUCUGAAAGGAAACGAUCUGCUGGUUCCAUAGUUGAUGAUGACUGGGAAAGUUAUGAAGUGGGUCGUCGGAAAAGUACAGGUAAUAUGGUGGGCAAAGACAAAGUGGAAAUGAAAAGUGGAGAUUGGAUAUGCUCCAAGUGCAAUUUUAUGAACUUUGCCAAGAAUAUGAAAUGUCGAGAAUGCGAUGCAGUGGCACCAAAGAGGUUUUCUGGUGAUGAUAUAGAAAUGAGAAAAGGAGAUUGGAAGUGUAUAAAAUGUGAUUUCAUAAAUUUUGCCAGCAGAAGUAGCUGUAAAAUGUGCACACAGCCACAGCCCAAACAAAAUCUUGAGGAGUGGCAGACACCAAAGAGAUUACCUGGUAAUGAUCAUGAAAUGAGAGAAGGAGAUUGGAAGUGCAUGAAAUGUGAUUUCAUAAAUUUUGCCGGCAGAAGUAGCUGUAAGAUGUGCACACAGCCACAUCCCAAACAAAAACUGAACCGCGAGGAUUGGGAGUCCCCAAAGAGAUCACUUGGUAAUGAUCAUGAAAUGAGAGAAGGAGAUUGGAAGUGCUUGAAAUGCGAGUUCAUAAAUUUUGCCAGCCGAAGUAGCUGUAAAAGGUGUUCAGAGGCACAGCCCAAGCAACGCCUAAAUUCUGGGGAGCGGGAGGUACCACGGAGAUUAACUUGUAAUGAUACUGAUAUGAAAGAAGGAGAUUGGAAGUGCAUAAAGUGCGAGUUCGUAAAUUUUGCCCGCAGAAGUAGCUGCAAGAGGUGCUCAGAGCCACAGCCCAAACAACUGUUAAACCCCGGGGAGUGGGAGUGCCCCUCGUGAGUAUUUCUUCUUUUAUUCCUCAUUACAGGGACCUGAAUUCUCUUUAGGUAGUGUUUGGCAACUAGCAUUUUAUUUCAAUUCAUGCAUUUCAAUUCCAGGAUUUGAAAUCUUGAAUUUCAAAUGACAAGGGGAGGUGCAUGGAUUUCAAAUUAAGCUUUGCUAUAAAUGAGGGGAAUUUGA